CUUUAUAAUCAGCCAUACAUCUCGACCAUCACCGUCAUAUCGACAAUCAACCACGAUGGCGUCCAAAGUCCUUCUUGCAAUCCUCCUCCUCGCCGCGGCGACGCCAGCGUCGCUGGCUGCCAUCGAUGUGGCGCAGAUGCUCGCUGACAAGCCCCAGUACGCGACCUUCCUGAGGCUCCUGAAGGAGACAAAGGUCGCCGAUGACGUGAGCCGGCUCAAGUCGGCUUCCGUGCUGGUCGUCCCCGAGAAGGCCGUAAAGCCACUCUUGGCGGUGCCGGCCGCCAAGCAGCGGACGAUCCUCCAGCAUCAUGUCCUCAUCAAGUAUUUCGACCCCAUCCAGCUGGGCGAGAUGAAGACCAACGUUGCCAAGCUCCAGACCAUGCUCUCCAACACAGAUAAGGACAUGGGCACCAUCGACUACUCCAAGGACAAGGACGGCCAGAUGUACCUACGCUCCCCAGGCGCCGAUAGUGUCGCCAAGCUCGUCAAGGUCGUCGCCGCGCGCCCCUUCACCGUCUCCAUCAUGGAGAUCAGUGCGCCGCUCUUGUGCCCCAAGCUACUCGGCCCUGGCGCCGCCGGCGCUGCCGCUGGGAGGCCCAAGGGGAAGGGGAAGGGCAAGGGCAAGAUCAAAACCAUGUCCGCUGAGGAUGGGGCCGCCGCCGCUGCUCCGACGGCCUGAUCUGAGAAUUGAGUAAGGUGGCCCUGCAGGACGCCCCCCGUGGAACCAUGCGUGCACAAGUUUGGAUUUUAUCUUUAUUAUGCAAAGGCUUCAUACAUCUUCUUUUUUUCUGCUACUGUACUAAUUUUGUGUUUCCAGUAUUCUAUGAUUAUUAGUGAAGUGAACUGAGUACAACUAGAGGUUGGGGCGCGCCUCCUGUGCAUUGUGCGCGUUUUUUUUUUGGGGUGCAAAGGCAGUCAAUCGAGGAAGAAUGUAACAAUUACCUUAUUUUUUGAGACAACUGCUUUCUUUUUUGAGACAACCUCGCGAAGCUUUUUAUUAAACCGUCACAAUGUUUACAGGGACGAAAGAAAGAUCUCCGGGAUGACCUAACCAAACAUGGCGGCCACCCCCGAGAGACAACUGCUUGUGAUGUUAAUUUGAUUUUAUGGACCCUGAUAUCUCCUGUACCGAACCAACCGUUAGUGGGUAGGGUCGAUCAAUCGAACAGCGCGACCCAACCCCCCAUCAAUCGAACCCCAACAUCAAUCUAAUAGCGUCUGCAUCAAUCCAAGGCUGGGCCAAAAACGUGCCAAGUACUAGCCCAAAAAACAA